AAUUGAUCUUUUUUAAAAGCUUCUACAAUUUUUGGAACCACCAUACACUUCGGAAACUUCAACUUCGCAAGUUUGUUCUAACUCGCUCAUAUUUCUGUUGCAAGUUUCCUUUGAAGCAUGAUAUGAUCAAUGGCAAGGCAACAAAGUGGGAGUGAUACAGAGAAAUUGGUAGGGAUAAAUAGACGAGUUUAAUAUAGUUGGUUUUAUAUUGCUAGACGUACUAUUAUUGCUGAUCUAUAGUGUCUUCUCAUAGCAUUUAUUUCGAGCAAAUUUGAUAUGCCUUCUUAUAAGCUGACUUAUUUUCCCAUUCAGGCAUUGGCCGAACCGAUUCGUUUUCUAUUCAGCUAUGGUGGCACUGAAUUUAUCGACUAUCGUUUCGACAGGGCAGAUUGGCCGAAAAUUAAGCCGACUAUGCCGUUUGGCCAAGUUCCUGUGGUUGAAGUAGAUGGAAAGAAGAUCGCACAAUCUGUAGCUAUCUCCCGUUACUUGGCAAAGCAAUAUGGUCUUGCCGGCAAGGACGAUUGGGAAUCUCUAGAAAUUGAUUCUACGGUUGAUACUAUACAUGAUUUACGCGCCAACAUUGCGGCUUAUCACUAUGAAGAUAAUAAAACGGCUAAAGAGGAAAAACUCAAACGCGCUAAGGAGAUAGUGCCGUACUACCUGGAACGUUUAGAUGCUCAGGUGCAGAAGAACGGUGGUUAUUUCGUUGGUGGUGCUCUAAGCUGGGCCGAUUUCACUUUUGUUGGUCUGUUGGAUUAUCUAAAUUUUAUGAUGCGGGAGAAUAUAAUCGAGAAAUAUGAUAAUCUGAAACAACUGAAGCAAAAGGUCGAAAAGAUACCGUCUAUCAAAAGUUGGAUUGAGAAACGUCCGAGCGAUAUAAAUCCAUGAAUAUUAUCUAUGUCAUUGAUACUUUUAUUGAUGAUUAAUUUUUUAAUCAUUAAUUGUUCAUUUAUGUCACUUUGUAUAACAGAUAUUAAUUUCUUUUUAUCUCUGCUUAAAUUUUUAUAUAUGUAUAUAUUAUAGAUUUAUAAGUGUGCACCGAAUAUAUUUUGAUACUUGUUGAAAGUUAGUUGUUACUUGUAUAUUAAUACGAUGAUAAGAAGAUUGUAAAGCUAUAUCUAAUGGAAUCUUAAUAAGACUGUUUUCGCAUUA